AUGUGGCGACCGCUAAACGGCCCAGUCGAAGAUCAUCCUAUGGCUGUGUGUGACGGCCGAAACAUCAACACAUCUAACCUAGUCAAAAGCGACAUGAUCCGCGGUGAUUACACAGGAUCAUUGCUAUAUCCACUGUAUGAGCCAAAGAAGGCCUGUCAAUGGUAUUAUAUGAGCAAGCAAGAUGUUGAGGAUGUACUGUUGUUCAAGAGCUUUGAUUCGAAGGAGGGCAGUGUGAAACGUGAGUGA